CCCGAGUCUAGCGGGGUCAGUUCAGCGCCGGCGGCUCCGCGGGUGCGCCCUCGGCUCCUCCUCCUCCGCUGCCUCCUCCUCCGCUGCCUCCUCCUCCGCUGCUGCCUCCGCCUCCGCCGCCGCCUCCUCGAGGAAGUGAGGAGUCCGAGAUGGAGUCAAUGUAUCUUCAGAAGCACCUUGGGGCGUGUCUAACUCAAGGUCUUGCAGAGGUGGCGAGAGUCCGCCCCGUGGACCCAAUAGAGUAUUUAGCGUUGUGGAUCUACAAGUAUAAGGAGAACGUGACCAUGGAGCAGCUGAGACAACAGGAAAUGGCUGACUUGGCACGAGAGAGACAGCACGCCCUGAUGGAGCAGGAAAUGAUGGAGAGGCUUAGAGCAGAGGAGCUCCUGUUUCAGCAGCAACAGCUGGCAUUCCAGCUGGAGUUGGAAAUGCAGGAAAAAGAGAGACAGAGAACAGAGGAACUGCAGAGAGCUCAAGAACAAUUGGAAAAGGAGGCGAGACUGGAUAUGGACAGUAUGGCUAAGAGUGAAGAUACUUCACAUUCAGAGGACGCAGCAGCAGACUCAGGCAAGACGCUCGCUGAAAUCAGUGAUCGAUACGGCGCGCCCAACCUGAGCAGAGUGGAGGAGCUCGAUGAGCCGAUGCUGUCCGACGGAGCUGGAAAGUUCCAGUGAACAAAACAGAGUGGUUCCUGCCCUUUGGGGGCCGUGGAACCAAUGGACCAGAGCAGGGAAACCUGACCAAGCCUGGAUGAGUCUUCUGGAGGAAAUGAGUUUUAAGGAAUCAGCCUGAGAUAAACCCAGCGGAUGGAGAAAGCAAGAUGCUUUGGAGGAUGUGAAAUGGUCGAGUAUUCUGGUUGCAUUAAACAUUGACCAAGAUUUGUAGGAUCAACCAACUUAAGAGCAAUAAAUUGUUCUGCCUGUUUCGAG